CUGUAAAGAAAUGCCUCAUUGCGUUUCAGUCCUCGGCUCCACCAUUACGAUAUGGUGUUAUGCCUCCCUUUCCUGUCUUCAUUUUCUCAUGUCAGUGGCGGGUCUACGGGGGCAGUAUUAAUUCCGAUACUUCCAAUUGCCCCCUAAGGACCAACGGGCACCUUGCAAUCACUCAAGUAUGCAGCGGCAUGACAGAUUGCUCGUACCAAGUCCCUGGUCCUGCCAACCGGACCCGGCGUUUGCAUAUAUCCAAGGGCUGUGUUGGUCGACUGAUGGGACUUUCAGAAAGGCAUAAAUACUCUGUUUCAUCUUCAUCCAUCCCCAGCACCAAGUACCUCAGUGACACAGAAACACCACCUCAGACACGAACUAGAUCCAACCAUGACAGACUUACCUACGUAUUGGUACUCUGUGGUCGGCCGCAAGGACACCGGGGCUGUCUUUGACCGCAUUCCCAUCGAGGUCAUGCAGAGGAACUACCCACGUCAAUUCACGCUCUUCGUCCUCAGCUAUGCUGCCAUCCAGGGCGACCAUAACCCACCUGCAUCCACUUACAUGGAAAUUGCCGGCAUUCACGGUAAGCCCUACCGAGAGUGGGCUGGUGACCACAAGAAGGAGGAGCAAAAGGCUUCGGAUUUUGACUAUGAAGAUCGCAAGGACACUUUACCAGUUCCUUCAAGGUUUGGUGGUAGCCAUGGAUCGGUGACGUUCCCCACCUGGCAUCGCCCAUAUGUGAUGCUAGUUGAGCAAGCUAUCGGUGAUGUCGCUAGUCGUCUCGCGGCAGAUAUUGAAAGGGCAAACCCCCAAGAAGUCGGUUUAUGGGUCCCAGAGGCUCAGAGACUGCGCUUCCCGUACUGGGACUGGGCUGCGCUAAAAGUUCGUGAUGAAGGACUUCCCCCCGUUCUCAUCGAUGACGAAGUAGAAAUCUUGGUUGCGGGUGGUCAAACCGAAGUCAUUCGCAAUCCGUUAUCGUACUACACAUACCAAGGUGGCGUCCCCCCUGACUUCCAAGACGAGCUUUCUCCGAGGACGGGCAUGGCGUAUUUUUCUUCGUGGACCCGAUCCUUCCGGCAUUCCCCAGAAAACCCUGUGGGAAGUACUAAUAAGGAAGCGUUGCAACAAGCUGUUAGGGGAACUGCGGAUUUUGUACGCUCGCAGUUAGGGCUUUUGUUCAACAUGGGGGACGAUGAAGACCCGGCACACGCUUUCGACAGGUUUUCGAACUCGGUAAUUCAGUCUAACGAUGUUUUUGACGAUGAGGAGCCAAUUACCCCUCUGGAAGUCAUCCACGGCCGCAUCCAUGGUGCUGUUGGUGGGAAUGGGCACAUGUCUUCCCCAGAUUAUGCUGCUUUCGAUCCUUUCUUCUUCUUACACCACAGCAAUGUCGACAGGAUCUUCGCGCUGUGGGAGUGGUGCUACCCACAAUACUGGAUGGGCGACGGCUACAGGGACCCGAACCCAGAUGUUGAUAGAUCCUUUGUGUGGACUCAGGAACGCGGGACUUACAUGCAAGUAUACAACGAGCAAAUUCUUCCUACUGGUGCUCGCGGUGCACUGUACCCGUUCAGACUGGAAAACGGCGAGUACUGGAAUUCUGAACAGGCCCGUUUCCUCGGCACAAGUGCCUAUCCGAAGUACUAUUCUUAUGAUGAAUUCCUGGGCAUUAAAGUUGACCGGGAGGCCUCCGCGGAGGAACGCCGUGCUGCUCGGAGAAGAAUAUACGACUUCUACGGCUUUAAUCCCAGCACAGCAGCAGCGAAGACUAAUCGGGCAUCGUGGAGCCACAUUCCGGUCCGGUCCUCGAAGGAAGCCGGACUUCCCGAGCUCUUCAAGGAGAUAAACAAUUUCCGUAUUUUUGUCGUCGCCGUUCAGCUUCCAGAGCACGCCUUCAACAGGACAUACAGCUUCGAACUGCAAUACAACCAAGGCACUGAAUCUAGGUGCAUCGGCGCGGUCACCGUGUUCGCCCGGCCUGACCAUUCGCCUUGCAAGGCCUGUGCUAAGCGCCGCUCUUUUGGUUCCAUCACCCAUGGGGCUAUCCCACUUCCUUUUUCGCUCGUAAACGAUCUCAUCGUCAAGAGUCGCGCUGAGAGGACUACUGCGACCUUUGAAACCACUGCAACGGACAUAAUCAAGACUCUUUCGGCCGCGUUGGUGGAUGCGUCGGGCAAGGUUCUCGCAAGUGCACGGGGUGGCGACGAAGCUCCCACAGUGCCACGUGAGCGGGUGGCAUCAUCCACCGUCAUCCCUGCAAAGGUGGCUCUGUAUACGUCGGGCGUUGCGGAGAAGAUAGGUGACGCUAACCACCCUGUCCAUCUGUUCGAUUGGAAACGUCACAACGACUUAUUCCCUAGCGGAUGGAGGGCCGAAGACGAUGAAGCCAUCUAAAUCUCGCAAUUCCAGAACUUCAAUAUGCCUCUUCCUUGAAUCUUGGUGUACGAAAAUGUAGGAUGCAGCGAUAACUUCAGAAAACCCUUCGCAAUUUGAUCUCUGUAACUUUUGUGUACUUUGAUACGUGACCCAGUUUGGAUGCAAUGAAUGUGACUCUUGUGUGCUUACCCCUGUGCCGCAGCAAUGCACUU